UGAGUGGGUUAUUUUAUGGAAUGCUGGAACAGGAUAGAGGAGUUGCAAAGGGGGAGUGACGAGAGCCCAGACAGAGAGAGAGAGAGAGAGGGAGAGAGAGAGAGAGAGAGAGAGAGACAGAGAGAGAGAGAGAGACUAUAUAUAUAUCCUAAGGAGGCUGGUGCUCACAGGCACAGCUGGACUACUGGAUAACUGGACUGCAGCCCAUUGGACAUUUAACUAAAAAGGCACCAGCAAAGCCUUUGGAAAUCCUUUUAGAUUAGUUACUGUGAAACAUAUAGUUCAAAGAUGAACAGUGUGGCAGACUGGCUCCUGAACAACAGGGACAAGAUAGAGAAAGGUGUGGAGAUCAUGGGGCAAGCCUCUGAGGUGCUAGCUGCCACCGUGGGCCAGCUACACCCCGUCUUGGAGGCCGUGUUCGUGGCCUCGGCCGAGCUGCUCAGCAACCCAGACAGCAAAGAGGCUCGCUACUUAACUCAACAAUUCGAGAUGGUGAACCAGAAACUUGAAGGAAUCCAAGAUGAGGUUGAUAAACUCGCCCUGGAGCUGCAAAGGACGUCGAUGAACAAGCAAAACUUUGAUCGAGAGGCACAGAUGAUCAGCCAGUAUGAGAAGUUUCAGGUCUUUGUCAACGCCAAGCCAAAGUUCAAGGAGAAAAAGAUGGAGAAAUUCAUCAGCCAUUAUGAGAGCACCGAUAUGGAUUUAAACUUGGAUGCCCUCUACAAUUCUGUCACCGGGGAGAACACCUCAGGAGACCCUAUGCUGGAAACUGUAGUUAACACAGAGCAGAGAAGCAGAAGAGCAGUGGAGGACUUCUGUGCUCGACUGAAGAAGCUUUUUGUGGUUGGCAUUAUCGCUGUCAUGGGUUAUGCUGCCCUCAAGGAAGGAGGAGUUGGGGAGGAGAUGGUGAAGAAGUGGCAAGGACGAAUGGAGGAAGUGGAAAAGCGAAUGAAAGCAGCUGUGGAUGACUGUACAGAGAACUUUGCCACACAAGCCAAGGUGGACAUAGAGCAUCUAGUUCAGGAGAACCCGGGAACUGCCGACCAGAACUUCACCAACACCAUCUUGGAUGCUCUUGCUAAGAAAUACGACUGGGUGAACUGGUCCAUCAGGGCCUUUAAUGACCGGGAGCGCAUUUUCUUUUUUAACUGGCUAGCUGGAAAGAAGUACCAUGGAAGUGGGGGAGCCAACUGGUUUGACCUUUUGACCAAGAACAAGAUCAAGAUUGUGGUCUCUUUCUGCGUCAACCCCAAGCCUAUCAACAAGAGUCAGAUCCAGGAGAAGAUUGAGCAGGAGAAGUUGAAGGGGAACAUGAUGGCAGUUGCUCUGUCUUUGAGCAAAAGCUUCCCCAACUGCCUGGUCCAUGCUGUCAGCCAUUACAAGGCAGUGGUGCAGUCCACCAACUUCCAAGAGGAUUGUUACUACUUUGGAAAACACAAACGAGCGUACUUGUGCAUUCAUCCUGAGUAGGCCGAUGAAAAAUGUAAUGUGUGCCUUCUUAUUGAUGAAUUUAUGAAUGUCUUUAUCAGAGACUUGAAAACAUCUCCAUUCAAUAUAGAAAUGUAUUCCUAAAUCUUGCCGCUGUUGACGUGUAAUCAGCUCUGUCUGGGUUUUGCUAUGUGACCCAUUGUCUAAUGCAACAAUUUAUAUUCUUAUACAUACAUAUGUGUAGCUUUGAGGUGAGAAAAUUCAGAGCCAGAUGUGUCCAUGCCAGCUUUGUCUUAGCAUUAG